UGGCGCUGCGCUUGUAUGGACCGUAACGAAAAACACGUUUAUGAAACACCAAUUCCCCUCUUGUUUAGCACAUUCUUCUCACAUCGCGCCGGGAAAUAGUCACUGCGUUGUAUGCUUUAACAGCUUUAUUCGUUGUACUUAGACUGGUGUCAGUGUCCGUUAUGGCCGCGCAAGUCGGAGUGAAUAUCCAAGAGAAGGUCAGCCGGCUGCUGAACAGACAGAAUGGAAAACCCGUUUUAAAACCCAACAAGCCGCUGAUACUGAAUGACACGGUGGCCAACCGCAAAAUGAAGAAAGGAGAGGCCACAUGUAUCACAGAGCUGAAUCUCAUGAUGGCCUGUUGGAAACAGAACAACUUUGUGGACCAGCUGUGCUCCAAUGAAAUGCAGACAUUCUACACGUGUGUUCAGAAGGCUCAGGCUAAAAUGAAGGACAAAUCAGAGCACGGUGGUCCCCAGAAAGGCCGUUUUCCCUCCAAGCAAGCUACAUCCCUGUUGAAGAGGUUUCCAAAUUUGCAUACUGAAGUCUAGGAUCUUGCUUUUCCUGAUGCUCAGGACCCAUAGACUUCCUCUGUGGUUUAAGCAAAGACUUGUGCAGCACUUGUGGUGUUAAAUGGAGUUUGUGCCAGUUAUUUGGCACCAUGUAGAGCGUUACCUUUAGAUGGGAUGAACAGACAGAUUUUUUUUUCUUCGUUCUUAGAUGUAUACUUCACUGCUUUUCAUCAUUCUCAUACAUCUCAUGUAAAUGUCAUCUUUUCUUUUCAUAAUAAACCAGGUGUCAUGGUCUGAAAUAUAAUGUCGGCCAGUACUUGCAUCCUAAUUGGCUCUGUUGAAAAAUAACUCCAGAUCUGAUUUCAGGGUUUCAGUGACUGAUCAGGGGUCCAGAGAUGAUGCUGUUGUAAUGGAAUAGAAGUUAUCUUUUAUCUUAAUGGUCCCUCAUUUGAACCUUCCCAUUUUAAGUGGAUGCAUUCAUACCUCCCGGGUUUCCAGUAGGUCAUUAUUUGAAACUGAUGGUGAAAAGAGCUAUGUAUAAUAUUUUAGUUUUCCUGAAGCAUAAUGACUAGAAAAUAUCUUAAUAUGACCUGUA